AGACACAACGAAUUCCACUUCCAGAACCGUUACUAUCAUUUCAAAUUCCAAAAAUCAAAACAGAAACCCUGCAAUACGUUGUUGAGUGUUCUGUGCCCUACAUUAAAAAAAUAUCAUGUCUCAAGAGGAAGUCUCAUCCGAAAAUAUUUCUUACUUAAACCCUCGUGUGUUCAGCAUAUUGGCUCAAAAUUUUCCCACUAACAAUGAUGAAGUUGCAGUACCAGACAUUUCUUCGGAAGAAGGCAAUUUUCUACGCGUUUACCUGAGGAUAAAAAAGGCAGAAAACUUCAAACAUGUAUAUGCUAUCAACAACAACACACUUCACUGUAAAGUACCGCCCGCUAACAAAAUAGUUAAAAUGUACAAAUUUUCAAAAAUUUUUGGUCCCCACGCCACACAAAGUGAAAUUUAUAAUGACGUUGUUCUGAAGAAGGUGACAAAGUUCAUUCAGGGCAUUAAUUGCACUCUGUUGACGUACGGCUCGUCGGGGUCCGGCAAAACAUUUACUUUACAGGGAACUCCUACGGAACCGGGCAUUGUUCCGAGAGCACUGGAAUACUUCUUUCAAACUCUACCGGCGUUGCCAUCGAAACCGCACAUCAAGCCUACACCGUCAGGUGGUAUUAUGAAAUUGAGUUCUUCAGAAAGCGCACAGGAGAGAUUAACUGUGACGAAUCUAAUGAAACACUCUGGUGAUCCUGCCCAACAUUUCAGGACGUACAGUGUUAUGCAGCAACAUUUGAAGGACAAUCCUGUCGGAGUUAUCGACGACGACAUCAGUGAUGUACACCUAAGCGUGUGGGUUUCUUUUGCCGAAAUCUACAAUGAACACGUUUACGACUUACUAGUCACCGAACCAAAACGCGGUCAUCCAAGAAAAAAACUACGCAUGGUAUAUUUUAACAACAACGCGUACAUUAAAGACUUACAGCAUAUAAACGUGUCGUCCGCAGCCGAGGCAUAUUUUUUACUACGGUAUGGGCUGCAGAACUUAAAUUACGCUUCCACGGCAGUUAACGAUCACUCAAGCCGUUCACAUUCCAUCUUCACAAUUAAAUUAGCCCAGGCGUCUGAUUCUAAAAGUGGAGUGAGCGUGAGUGCCUUCAAUUUUUGCGAUUUAGCUGGUUCUGAGAGACUUAAAAAAACAAAUAAUGUCGGCGAUAGAUUAAAAGAGUCUAACAACAUCAACGCGUCCCUCUUAGUAUUCGGACGUUGUAUUCAUGCAGUGAGAGAUUCACAAAAAUUGAAAAACUCGCAGUUAAUGCCCUGGCGCGAAUCUAAGCUUACACAAUUAUUUCAAAACGCGUUGUUGGGAAAUGAAUCGAUUUCGAUGAUUGUCUGCAUUAAUCCUGCGAGGGAAAUGUUUGACGAAAGCCAGCAUGUUCUAAACUUUUCUGCGAUCGCAAAAGAUGUCGCUGUAGAGCGACAACAACCAAUUCAGCGUCUUAAAAUUAAUAAAUUUGAUAAAGAUUCAGUUAUUCUUGAAGAAGAUCUGACAUCCAGUUUGGAAGAGCUACACAAUUAUCUGGCUUUCUUAUGUAAUGAAAUUGAACAGGAUGGAUUAAAUCAUACAGAAUAUCUGGAACAUAUCACCAGUACAUAUAAGAAGAUGAUAGAAAAUACAAAGAAAGUUUGGGAGAACACUUGCAAAGACGUAGAAACAUGCAUAGAAAAACACAACCAAGAAUUACUUCAGAGCUCAACUUCACCUAUAAAGAGCAGAAAACGUAAGAAGAUGUCAGUUGUAUGCAUAGAUACCUCAUCAGAUGAAGAAAAUCAGGUUCCAAAUAAAACAAAGGAGAAAAGAAAACAGAAAGGUAGCCAAGAGCUUCAAAAGCAGUUGUGCCAAUUACAAAUGGAGAGAGAUGCUAACGUAGUUGAACUGGAAAAUCUUUCAGCAAGGAAUAAAGCGCUUAAAGUCGACAAUGAGGAAUACCAAGCUUUGCAGAAAGAACGCAAAGAAUUAGAAACACAAACUGUCAUAGAAGAAGAUAUUUUAGCUGACCUUAAUAGGUACCUACAUUGACUGGAGGUAAGCCAAAAACCCAAGGGUUUUUAAAAAUUAUAUUAAUAAUAAUAAAUAUAAAAAAAAGAAAAAUUAAUCAAUGCGAGUUUUUCACCUGUAAAAUAUGCAAAUAAAAAUUGUAAAAAUGAAUGGACCCAUGUUAUUUUAACAUCCUAAUGGUAGAUUUUUGAUUCGUAUGAUCAAUGCUUUUGUCCAUUGUUAUAUGCCAUUUUAUAUUUCUAACGUAUUGUUUUUCUGUUUUAUAAAAGAACUAUAGUUCUAUUUUCUGGACAUCAGGUUUUUUUCCAGUCCUCACAUACAUCUU